AUGCUAGCGUAUGAGAACACCAUGCUUAUUCUGAACCGCAGCAAUAGAGAUGCCGCCGUACGAAUGAACAACUACUCAGGAAAAUACGCGGUCCCGCCGCCAAAAUCCGCCGCAGCUGAAACAAGUCCAAAACCUUCUAUUUUUUCGACGCUAUGCUUAAGAGCCAGGAUUCACUUGUACCAGGAUCAACCAGGAUUAGACAACCAGCACAAGGCUAUAGAAGAUGCCGAAGUCCUCCGGAGACGCAAAUCCUGCCCAGCCACACUUGAGCAUGAAGAGAUGAAAGUGCUGUUCAAUUCCCUUGCGCCGAAUAGGAAUAAUGGGAAAGACUGUCAGGAUGGCCAGUAUGACCAGUUGAAUAAGGAAGUCCAGAAAUUCGUAACCAGAUGA